AUGUUAAAAUCAAGUCGUUCUUUAUCUUCUAGAAAAAAUGAUAAACUUACAAACAAAAGAAAUAAAUCUGUUUAAGAUUAAGGCAGUUAUGGAAAUUUUUUGGAAUUUUAAAAAUCGUAGGCAGGAGAGUGUUACAAUUAAUUUUUGUAUAUGUAAGAAUUCUUUAAUACAAAUUUGACAUAAUUUCCAACUGAUGAAGAAAUAUGUUAGAUUUAACAUAAUCUUCAUGUUAGUAGUGGUUUGUUAAAUCAUAAGAAGAAGAAUUGGACUUUAGAAGAAAAGAAAGUAUUAAUAUGGAUAGUGGGUAAAUUAAGUCAAGCUUAAGAUUUGGAUAUUAGAGAUUUACCAGAUGAAUUUUGGAAUGAUGUAUCUGAAAUGAUUUAUAGGAGAGAUCCAGUAUAAUGUAAAUAGAAAUGGUCAUAAUUACAAAAGACAGAUUUACAAUCGAAACCUUUCACUUAAGAUGAAGAUUAAUUAUUACUUAAUAUUAUCAACAAAUAUUAAGAAGGUGAAUAAGGAUAGAAAUGGAGUUUAAUUGCAAAUGAAUUAAAUUUAUAGAGUAAAAAUUAUCGAUCAAGUAAAUAAUGUAGAGAAAGAUGGUUGAAUCAUCUUAAUCCUAAAAUUAAAAAGUAUAUUCAACUUAUUUAUUUAGGGAUCCUUGGAAUGAUGAUGAAGAUUUUAAAUUAUUAACUUAUAUUUAAAAUUAUGGUAGGAAAUGGGCAGAUAUAUCUAAAUUAUUUAAUGGGACUAGAAGCGAAAAUAAUGUUAAAAAUAGAUUCAAUAGUCUUGUUAAAAGAGAAAAAGAUUUAACCCUAAAGUAUUUAAUUCAGUAUAUUUAGUUUACAAAAUGGAUAAAUUGUGACAUUAUAAGAUAUAUUAGGCAAUCUCAUUGGAUAACAACUUAAUAAUGAAUAAAUUUAAGCUAUUGAAGUUAUCAAAAAUAAAAUUAUUUGGAGAUAAGGAUAAUCUAAAAAUGAUUAAAUCAUAACAGAAUUUAGAAAAAGUUCAAUCUCUUAAGAUGUUGAAAAAAAUGAAAGAAUAUAAAUGAAAAGAUCUACACUUGUCAAAUAUGCUGUUGGACAUCUAGAUGAAGAUUCAAUUAUUUCUGAAGAAUUAACCCCUUGUUUAGUUAACAUAGAAAAAAGUAUGAUUUAUUUCUGUUCUAAAGAAUAUAUACUUUAAAUUAUUAAUACUUAAAUCCAUUAAAUCAAUAAUAAUUUAGAAAAUUUUAAAAAAGAAAUUAGAAUUUAUGAUUCUGGACUUAAUAAUUAAAAAACUUAAUUAAGUAUUAUUAGUGAAAUUAAUGAUUCUAAAUUUAGUUCAUUUAUUUGUGGCGUUGAAGAUAAUUAAAAUUCAUUUAGCAAACCCAUGUUUACUAAUUAGAAUUCCAAUUAAAUCUGGAAUUUAGAUCAUUAUCUUAAUUUAUAAUCUAAUCAUUCAUCCAAAAUUUUAGAAGAAAAACCUGAACAAACUAAAUUUAUCUAUUUUAAUCCAAUUGAAUCUAUUCAUUACAAGGCAUUUCAAAAUAUUUAAAAAACAUAUAGAUCAGAAAAUAUUUUGAAUAAAAAUUCAUAAGUCUUGAGAAAUAUUCCAAAAUCUUUGCCUAAUUUUAUUGCCAUCUAUACAUCAUGA